CCCAACCUCCCCUGCUUGCGACGCGAAUGGGACGCCUGAGGACCCAACGAGCAUGCGCAACCAUUCCGAGCAUGCUCAGUAGCGCGCGCGUCGUUCUGGGGCUUCACUGCGCGGUGGCCGACGCGGAGGAUUCCGCGGCUGCUGCGGGAGCGACAGGAAGUGAAGCGGCCCGGCCGGGCGACCGCGGCGGCAGAAACAGAGGCGGAAGGGGCGCUGCGGCGACGACGUCGGCGACGGGGGUGGACGAGGGGGUCGAGAACCGAGACGACUCGCCCGCUCGGAAGCCGGAUACCGAGCCGGGCAGGAUGGAUCACCACCAGCCGGGGACUGGCCGCUACCAGGUGCUUCACAAUGAAGAAGAUAAUUCAGAGUCAUCUGCUGUAGAGCAGCCAUCAACUUCAAACCCAACACCGCAGAGCGUUCAGACUGCUCCUUCAGCAUCGGUACUUGAAACGGACUCUUCUCCUCCACCUUAUAGUAGUAUUACUGUGGAAGUACCUACAACUUCAGAUACAGAAGUUUACAGUGAGUUUUAUCUUGUGCCACCUCCCUACAGCGUCGCUACCUCCCUUCCUACGUACGAUGAAGCUGAGAAGGCCAAGGCUGCCACAAUGGCAGCCGCAGCUGCAGAGACAGCUCAGAGGAUUCAGGAGGAAGAGUGCCAACAAAGAGAUGACUUUAGUGAUGCAGACCAGCUCAGAGUGGGUAAUGAUGGGAUUUUCAUGCUGGCAUUUUUCAUGGCAUUUAUUUUCAACUGGCUUGGAUUUUGUUUAUCCUUCUGUAUCACCAAUACCAUAGCUGGAAGGUAUGGUGCCAUCUGUGGAUUUGGACUUUCAUUGAUCAAAUGGAUUCUUAUUGUUAGGUUUUCUGAUUAUUUUACUGGAUAUUUCAAUGGACAGUACUGGCUUUGGUGGAUAUUUCUUGUACUUGGCCUGCUUCUUUUCUUCAGAGGAUUUGUUAAUUAUCUAAAAGUCAGAAACAUGUCUGAAAGUAUGGCAGCUGCUCAUAGAACAAGAUAUUUCUUCUUAUUAUAGAGACUGCAUCGACCAGACAUUCUUUUCUUAUAUCAAUGUGAAAUUUCCAGAUCAUCUGUAAACCUACAACUUUAAUAGAAGACUACUAAAAGCAGAAGACAAAUUAGUGAAGAAAAGAUAGAUCUUCAAAAUUGAAUAGCAGGAUGGUUUAUGCUUAAAAGCCAUUUCUGUUCAUUCUCUUAAAUAUUUAUAUUUCAUUUGUUUUGCACAUUUGCAUACGUGCCCAUGUAAAAGAUUUGCGUAUACUUGAAAGAAACCAUAAAGUUGUAGCAGUAAAGUCCAGUCAUAUUUGGUUAAUCAGUGUUUGUUAUAAUUGAAAGAGGUGAGUGAGAAACAGUCUUCCAGCAUGUAAAUGCCAUUGACUUCCGACCUGACAUUUAGUAUAAUAAAAAUGAAAUUAUUCAAAUGCUUUAGUUUCUGGCUCCUAGAUUCAUCUAGUAACUCUACACAUGAGACAUCCUUUGUUAUAUAUAGUUUUUGAAACCUGCAGUGCUGAUUAUAGAAGAACUUUGUCAGAUAUUUGAACAUGAUAUUUACAUUAUUAUUUAGCAAACUCUGUAAAUAACCAUGCAUAAAUUACUUUCUGCAUUGUUUUCUUAGAAACUGUGUCUGGAUAUCUUUUCAAUUAAUUUAAAAUUAAGUGAACUUAAUAUAUAGAGAAAAUUUGGGUGUUAAAGAUAGUUUGUUUUAGGACAGAUUUUAAGAAGAUAUGGGUAUUCCACGUGUCCCUUAUAAAAACAUCUUUUCAUUGUUUUCUUUUUAAGGGACAUGCCAGGUUUAGGGAUUCUGUCGAGAAGCUUGGUUUUUAGCAUUGCCAUCUUAGUCUUGUAGGAAGAGAUUGUAUUAGACAUUAUAUUUAUUUCAUUUAAGACACUUUUGAAAAUUAAUUUUCUGAAUAAGAUUCUCAUUUGCAUUUGUCUUUUAAGAAGCCAAUAAAAGUAUCUUUCACUUAUCAUUGUAAUAAUUUUUUCUUUAGAUGUUUAGUUUGUUAAAUGAAACAAAUCAAAACUUGUACUAAUAGCUUCUUGCUUUAUGAUUGUAGGAUUAACCUAUAAAAAUCAUAUCUUGAAUUCAGAUAUGCAAAAUAAUCUGUUUUUAAGUUACAGAAAUGUGUCUGUGGAAUAUGGGGGUGUGGUGUGUGUGUGUGUGUGUGUGUGUGUGUGUGUGUUGCAAGAGUAUGUGUGUCUGUGACCAUUAUUAAAACUGGAAUCUACAUUCAUAAGCUACUACAUUUUGCAAAUCAUUUUAUGUCUCAUCUGUUUUCUUUUCAGUUAUAUUUUUGUUUUUGAAUGCCAAAAUUAAAAAUGGGAAUUAUAUCAUCUUUUAAACUUAAAAGUAAUUUAAUACAGCUAUAGAGUACAUAAUAAAAUUGGUUGCUUGUUUAUUAUUAGACACUGACUACUACUAAAAGAUACAUCUAAAACUAUUCAGGGACAUUUUUCCAUUUCUGAAAAAAUAAAUUAUACUUUAUAACUUCUUUUGUAUUUCUCUGUAUUUUCUGAUUUAUUUCAUUGUCUUUGAUAAAUAAAACAUGCAGUUUUGUUUUGCUAA